UGGCAGUUUUUUCGGACAUUUGCAUUUUGAUAAUAAGGUUUGAAAUGCGCUUACUAUUUCCGGAUCUUUUAAUUUGAGAUCAGUUUUGUACGAAUCUUGGUUCGAACCAUAGUGUUAUCUAAUCCAUGGCGGUUAUCCAUUUCAGCACCUGGAUAAAAACGAUUUUCAAGUACAAAAUUCUUCCAGCUGUAGAUAAUUAAGUUUAAAAAAGAGAAAUUUAAAGAUAAUUAAAAAAAAAAUCAAAGGGAUAAAUUAUUAAUAAUAAUUCUCCUAUCAUCGCUGAAGGCAAUUAGAUUUGAUUCCUAUUGAUAAAAAUGAAUCUAUCAUAGGACAGCUGAAAAAAUUGACUGAAUUAACUGAAACUAACAACUGAAAAAAAACUGAAUUUCGAAAUGUGAAAUAAUUUUUUAAUUUAAAUAGAAGAAUUUUUUCAAUUUUACCAAAAUAUUCUGGCAAAUAUUUGGUUAGUUUUAUUAGUUCUUCUUCAUUUAUUACCAUUAAUUAUAAUUUUUGCAGGGAACAAAAUUGACCAAGAUUGUUGGUAUAGUUUGAUGCAUUCGUGGCUGAAAAGAAAAAGAAUGAUAUAUAAGAAAUUCGAGUGGCUUUUGAGACUAGGCUUGCACCUUUAUUCAUCGACAUCAACGAACGCUGUGAAUGAUGUUUUAUCUUACUCGGUUAACGGCAAGCAAAUAAUUGUUUUAAAUCGUCCGAAAGCUUUAAACGCCCUCAGUCUUUCAAUGGUUCGGAAACUAAGUCCAAUGCUUAAGGCUAUCUUUUUAAUUUUUCAUUAUAGAUUUCGAUUUUCAAUGGAAUCACUUAUAGUUUUUCUAAUUUCACUAAAUUUGAUAUUCGUUAAUGUCACAAAUCGAUGCUUAAAUCACAUAUAGGUGAUAGAGAAGCCCAGAGGGAAUAUUUAGGAAUUGAAAAAAGGUGAUGAUUCGAGUAAUUUGGUAAAAGUGUGAAUGCUGAGAAUGAUGAGAAAUGAUAAGCACAUUUGAUAAUGUUCGUGGUUUGUUAUAUUAAGGAGUUUGACUCGAAAUCAAAUGGGCUUUGCCCGCGUAGGUUCGAAUCCUACUCGCUGCGGUCGUUUUUCGCUGCAACUUUCUAUAGUUCAUUAAACAGUUUCAAAUCUCUAAUGAAGC